AUGGAAACAAAAGAGCUAAAGUACUUGUUGCAAAUGUUUUCUUUGGUUGAGAUUCCUCAAGAGAUUUCAACUGAAGUUGAGGAUAAUACUGUUAUCAACACAUUAGUGACUGAUUAUUCCAGGCAAGAAUAUAAUUUUAUUAUGAAAAGUAAUAUAUCUCGUGAUGUUUUGGCUUCAAGGAAUUUUGCUCAUACUAAACUUUUGAUUACUUAUCAGAAUAUUGAAAAUUUAGAAAAGAAAUCUAAAAAUCGUCUACAUGAUGUGAAACGUGUACAAAUUGAUGAAUCUCUUGAUAAAGAUUUAGUGAGUCCUGAAUAUCUAAAUAGCAAAUUCCGUACUGAAGAAAGUAAUGAAUUAGUUGGCUAUAAUACAGAAGAAGGAGGUUCUACAAAAGUUGAUAAAAAUGGGAAAAAGAUUUUGCAUAAUAAGG